AUGGAAUCCAAGGUCUGGCAGCGCGCCGCCGCGGAUCUGGACCCGCCGGGCGUGCCCAACUCCUUCCGCCACGCCAAGAACCAGCAGAACAUCGCCAGCGUGCUGCUCCGUCGGGAGUUCGGCAACGCAAGGCGGCAGAAGACCGUGAGGGCCAUAGGAGAAGACAGAGAGGAGAACUUCUGGGCCGAGAGCGAGAGCGCCUCCAAGCAUCAAAGUCGGUACUUUGAACUUCCGCAAACGACCAAGUCGACGAUCUCCAUUGCUAUUAGUCCGGACGGCAAAACUUUCGCUUCGACACAUGGAGAUCACACUGUCAAGAUUAUAUGCAUCGAGACCGGCAAAGUGCUGCAGACACUGGUCGGCCACCCGCGAACUCCGUGGAGUGUCAAGUUCCACCCGACAGACCCGCGUUACGUGGCCUCUGGAUGUCUAGGGUUUCAAGUUCGCUUUUGGGAUAUCGAGACAGGCCGCUGUCUGUACGUGUCAACGCUGCGCCACGCCAUUAUCUCGAUUUCUUUCCACCCGUCGGGCGACAUUUUGGCUAUUGCCAGCGGAACCUGUGUCUACACAUGGGACUACCAGCACACGUGUCCUCGCAUCGCGAUGUUCAGCUACCAAACUUUACGGUCUGUGACGUUCUUACCCGACCCAUCCAAAAUUAUGGUUGGAGAAGCUAAUGAGCGCUACGUGAGACCGCAAGGUCAAGCCCCGCCUUCUGAUCUCACUGUCACGCUCACUAUGUGGGACUUCGAUCCGUCGUGGGCGCUGUCGCCGGAGCCGCUGCUGACAAAGAAGGCAAUGAACAAUAGUCGCGUCAUUCUUUCCCACGCCCUCAUCUACAACGACGGUGGAUUCGACAUUUCACGCUGCGGUCGCUACUUGGCGAUAUGCGCCGACUUCUCUCUUAGGCAAGCGGAGAAAGAAGUGGAGAUGGAAGCAGAAAACGAAGCCACCACCGAUUUGGAGACGAUCCUGUCUUCAGUACCAACUACACAAGAGACAGUCGGGGGUACUACCAGUCCAAGUGACGAUGUCAACGACGUGUCCGUAUCAAACCCGCAGGCUACAGCAUCGAAUGAGAGCAGUUCCUCCUCUGGCGCUGCUGCGCGUACCACAAGAACCAACACCGCUGCGCCCCAGACACUACCGGCGACGAUGCCGUUAUCUCUUCCCAUCCACCCGCCGCCACCUCGGCUUGGGCCUAUCUCGGGAAUGCCGGGAGCGCCUAAUAUGCUGGCAGCUCUGCAGUCAGCAGCUGCGGACCUUUCCCUUACGAUGGACCAGUAUAUGAACCAGCAGAUACGACGCGUGAGACCCCGGCUGCACCCCCCACAUAGUAUUCAGCGGUAUACGACGACACUUGAAACUGCAAGAAAUACUGCAGCCGCCCCGACUGCCGCGCCUCAACAGAGGUACUCACAGAUUCGACCAAACAUCGCGCUUAGUCGGACACGGUUCACUAGAAAUCAGCGCAACCGUCGCGGCCGAUUAUCUUCUGAGAACCAGUCGACGUGGCUAGCUUUGAUAUCUCUGGAUCCCGAGCAGCUUGGUCGUGUCAUCCAGACUUGUCAUCUUGCUGAGACUGCCGCAGGCGGCGUUACCUCCGUGAAAAUCUCGCCAACAUCAGCUUACGUCUUGCUUGGGUAUGGCGUCCGAGAUCGUAUACAACGUGAGACCGAGUUCCCGGUCCAUCGUGUAACGCGCAUCUAUCGAUGGGAAGACAUGGCGCUGCUUUCACAUGUGGAAAGCGCGAUGGAUGAUGUAAAUAUCGCGUUCAGGGCAAACUGCGAGUGUGUAGUACCUUCCGCGGCGAUUUCCACGACGAAGAGAACUGUAACGUCCUCGGCGGCCCUCGGCGUUGCCACUAUGAUCAGAAUGUGA